CUGGUCCUUGUAGUUGCCGGCGGCGGCCCCGCCUCCAUCUCCCGUCGGCCGCUGGUUUCCGGUGUGUGGGCGAAGGGACGGAGCCAUGGUGUGGGCUCGGACCGUGCGCCGCUUCGGCACCUCGCUCGUCCGCCGCUCGCACUACGAGGAGGGCCCGGGCAAGAAUUUGCCUUUCUCGGUGGAGAAUAAGUGGAGGCUGUUGGCAAUGAUGGCCGUGUUUUUUGGUUCUGGCUUUGCAGCUCCAUUUUUGCUAGUAAGGCACCAAUUCCUCAAGAAGUGAGACAUUAAUCAAUAGAACUCCCAUCAACUAGUGUGAUGCCUACUACUGCGCAGUUUUUCUGAGAGCCUUUCUGAUGAAAUGUUCUUGUAAAUAAAAGUAUUACAAAAUUAA